AUGAAGAACAUCGUUGUCACGGUGCCGGCAUACUUCAACGACUCACAAGCCGACAGCCUCCACCAUCGCAUUCGGCCUGAACAAGAUGGGCGACGAGCGGAACGAGCUGAUCUUCGACUGGGCGGCGGCAUCUCCGACAUUUCGAUGCUGAACACCGAGGAGGGCAUCUUCUUGGUAAAGGCGACGGCGGGCAACACACACCUAGGUGGAGAGGACUCUGAUAACCGCCUGGUGAAGUACUUUGAGCAGGAGUUCAAGCCCCACCACCCCAAGAACCUGACGCAGUACCAGCGCGCGCUGCGCCGACCGAACACGACGUACAUCAAGAUCGACUCGCUGUUCGACACCAUCGAGUUCAACUCGAUCAGCACGCACGCGCGCUUCGAGAGCCUGUGCAGCGACGACUUCCGCACGACGAAUGACCCCGUGGGGAAGGAUCUGCGUGCCGCAUAG